CAAAAUCGUAAUUCGUAACCUCUCUCUUUCUCUUUCGCUGGCUCUGAUCUUCGUCUUCCAUUAGAGGUUUGUUUUAAAGUUCAAUAAAAAAUCUGAUGAUUAUUUACACUAUCUAUCUUACCCGAUCGAAAAAGCAAAUCAAUUUCAUUUUGCAUCAAUCAAUUCACUUACGCCUACUCCCAAUCACAAACCCUAGUUUAUUUAUCUAGGUUUCAUAUUCACAGCUGUUUGAGUUCAAAUUUUAUUCAUUUCUGCUAUGGAUAUUCAACUUGUGAAAGGGGCAUUGAAUUUCUCUCAAAGAAAGAAGAAAUUGAUUAUUGGACUCAUAGUUUUUGGUGUCUCUAGUUAUGGGGUUUACAAGGUGUACAAUUUGCCUUCUUUCACUAGAAAGAGGAAGAGAUUAUUGAAGCUACUUGGAGCUUUUCUAUCAAUGGCAGAGAUGGUUUCUGAUUCAUCAGAGGCUAUUGGUGUUGUAUCUAGGGAUCUUAAGGAGUUCUUACAGUCAGAUUCUGACCAAGUUCCUAAUAGUUUGAGGCAAUUGUCAAAAAUUGCUAAGUCAAAGGAGUUCUCUGAGUCCAUUGCUAGGGUUACUGAGGCUAUGGCGUUUGGGAUUUCCAGAGGGUAUCAAAGGUCGGUAAAAGGGAGUGAGAGGCAACAAGGGUCAUCACCAAAUUCAACUUUUUCUGAUCGAGCCAUGGAGAUGAUGAUGUCUAAAGCUGGGACUGGUUUUGUAUCAGCAAUUGUUGGUUCAUUUGCUAGGAAUUUGGUUGUGGGAUUCUAUUCUUGUGAAGGAUCCAAUAAUACAGAUAAGCCUUCUGUUCCAGAUUGGGUGAGCACAGUUUGUACCGACGAGUGUAAAGUUCUAAUAGCAGAUUCCAUCCAGACGUUUGUCAGUACUGCAGUUUCUAUUUACCUUGAUAAAACAAUGGAUGUGAACUUUUACGAUGAUAUAUUUGCUGGGCUGACAAACCCAAAGCACAACACUAAGGUUCAAGACAUCUUGGUCUCAAUUUGUAAUGGGGCAGUGGAAACACUUGUGAGAACCUCUCACCAAGUGAAGAAAUCUAGUCCUCCUGAUUUAAGGUCAAGAUCAUCAUCCCCUUGUUCAAUUAGGUUGGAGGAAAUGGAUGAUGGAGGUGAGAGUAACAACAACAGUUGGGCCAACACUAUUAGUUCAACAUUGGCGAUCCCAAGCAACAGGAAAUUUGUGUUUGAUGUGGCUGGGAGAGUGACAUUUGAAACAAUUCACAGUCUCAUGGAGUUCUUCUUUUUUAAACUAUCAGAGGCGACGAAAAGAAGUUCGAAUGUUGUUUGUGACCAAGUUCUUGACAGAGGCCUACAUGUGGUCAGGUAUGUUGGUGCAAAAAGUUUGGUCAUUGUUACCAUAUGUCUUGCUCUUUAUUUACAUAUCCUUGGUGGUGGUCCGCUAAAUGUAUUGGUAGCUGCAUAAGUUUUGAUUUUGUAUAAAUAUAUCAUGUGUUAGCUAUUGUUACAAUGCAAACUACUGACAUUAUUAUACUAUUCUAAAGACAUCAUCUGUUUCAAACUGUAUAAAAUCCAUUUUCUUCUUUUCA